AUGGCUGACGUCCACGAUGUGGUGCCGAGUCGUCGCAAAGGACGGACGCCAUUCAAAUACGGCAAGAAAUCUCACGUGCGCCUCUUCAAGAACAAGACAGUCGACUACCAACACCAAUUGAGUGUCAUUCACCGCGUCGCCGAGGUUGGGAUGUCCGCUUUUCUCGACGGCUACUCUGCCAACGCCACCCCCACUCAACACGACACGACAAGAAAGAAAGUGUAUGGAUGGAUGAAACAGAAGGAUCAUAUCCAGGAGAUAGCAACAACAGCACGGACGGCGCAUCACAAAUGUGCUCGGACACGUGGGACUGGAACGACGCUGCCUCCUGUCGAAGAGGAGCAGCUUGCCCGAUGGGUGCUCGGGAUGCGGAAGGAUG